CCGUGUACAAUAAAGCUCGCACAAUCUCAUUGGACGAUUUUAACCACGUGGCUACCUCGUUAGGAAAUGGCUGUGGAGUGGUACCUCCUGCGGUAGCGCGGCACUAUCGAACUAUGAGCACGUGCUUACAAUCUAUUAAUAGAUCACUCCGUGCCGAAAACACCGAGUUGUUGGGAGAUGUUCGCCUGUGCGUGAGCCAUAUCCAAUCCUGCAUGCUUGGCUUAGCGGAGAGUGUGCGUGUUAUUGAACCUCUCUAUUUGGUCGUGGACGAUUUAUGCGCAAAGGAACGAACACUGCUUGAACAGAAACAGCGUCUGGUUGAUCAGGAGGCAGAGAGCGCCACCGAAGACACAACAGACGACCGGGGGGAGGGUGGGGAAGUGUGA